UAACGUUACGUGUUUUAAUUUGGAAAAGACAAAUGCGAUAACGCGAAAAUACACAAAGAUAGAGCUUCAUUUAGUGAUAUUUUAAACGAGUAGUGUACAUAAAAGAAAAUGGCGUACAAACUUUUGUUUGGAAUUCUUACGAUCUUAUGUUUCACAGAAGCGGCGAAUGGGAUAAAGUGUUCGUAUUACGAGUCUGGCAGUUACUGGUCUGACCAGACUACGAAAUAUAUAUAUUGUGACAGCAGCUGUUGCGGUGAUAUGUACAACAGAUAUUGCUGCGAUUUUAGUAACGUUGGACUUAUUAUUGGCAUAAGUAUUGGAUCAAUUCUUCUAGUCGCUACUGUUGUUACAGUGUUUGUUGUUAUUUGUUGUUGCUGUAAGAGGUCUCGGGGACAGCCAGGACAGGUGUUUCAACCAGCAAGUGUAACAACAACAACAAUUCACGGUAUGCAAACAGUUCCGUCAACUGGCUUUGGACAAACUGGAUACAUCAAUGGUGCAUACCCACAACAAAUACAGACAGCAAAUAUGGUUCCUGGUACAGCGCAGAAAUGGCAAGAGCCUCCGCCGGAAUACACCGCCACAAACAAUAUCUAGAGCUAUCGAUGCAUAUGGCGCAACAGUAAUAUUGUGCCUACUUUCAUGUUAUUUGCUUUAUUACCUUCCCUCAUGCGAAUUCCAAACAUUGUAGACCAUUACAUUUCAAAAUAAUUAUGCAUACACAUACUGGUACAGGACACAUAAGAAAGACUUUCUAGAUUGAAAUUACAAUACAGUUUUACUAUUGAUUGUGUAGUGAAAUACAACGACAGUUCGUACUUUGUUUUGUAGAGGAAAUAGAACAUCUUUUUUCAAACUUGCUUUAUCACAAAGUAUAUUAUACUUGUAAUUGUGUGUCCGACAUACUUAUCUAGUAGUAGGUACUUGGAGUAAAAAACCGAAAGGAUACAUUAUUAUCUUGCUUGAAAUAUAGCAUCAUUUUUUUUUUAUUUCUGACAGUUUUAGCUUCAUUACAUGUUUUGUAACACUUUCACCAUGGGAGUACCUAGAAAAAAUAUUCGACUCAACUAUAAUUAUUAUAAUUAUUAUAUUAGAUCUAUUAUUAUUAUUAUACCAGAUCUAUAAUAAUCGUUAUAAAACAAUUAGUUUGCUAUUAUUCUGUAUUAAAUCAUACUAUAUAGAUAAAGUCUGUAUUUGUAGUUAAUUUGUUUUGCAUAUUUAUCCAAUUAAUUUAUUGCAACAGGCUUUUGUUUUACUACGAGAUCUGUCAAUGUACUACAUGAAAUAAAAUGAUUUAUGUUGUAGUUGUUAUUAAUUUGGUUUGUAUUUAAUAGCUUAAGAUUAAGAAAAAUGUUUUAUUCUGCUUUCUACUGUCAAUAAAUAGUACAUCCUAGAACGGAAGUUAUUGUAAGUCAUAUGUGCUGCUUUGUUAAAAAGAUAAUACGAGGGGUGUUCAAAAAGUUUUGAGACUGUAGCAAUAGAAUAAAAACAACAAAAGA